CUUCGUAUUGCUUCGUGAUUCGUCAUCACAUGAAAGAAAUACCCAGGAGUUCAAAUGACUUCGUUUGUUGUGCGAUCUCGCUGUUGCAGGUUUCCGUGGAUGUUUCACCUUUAGUGCGAGACAGAAAAGGCUCUUGUCGUAAAUAAUGUUCGUCUUGCGGUUGACAACGACUUUUUGUCUAGUUGACUCUUUAAGAACAAGGCCAUCACUUGGAGGAUCGUCGAGCAUGAAAUCUUCAAUCAAUCAGGAGUCGCUUGGGGGAGAUGAGUCCAUUCAGCAAGCACGCUCCGCUUCUAGGACCUGUGAACUUAGGACUUUGUUACAAGCACUGGCGCCCAGCAAAGGCAGUGAACCGGGUUUCGUCAUAACAUACCGAUCGAAGUCGCCGAGGUUUUCCUGAGUCAGUCAGUCACUAGAAUUCUGGGUGCCACCCCGAACGACUAACGACAAGAACAGCCUCUUUGCAACGCCAGCACAGACGCUGUCGGUCUGGAAGCGGCAAAGCCACGGUCUCCCGCCGUGUCCGCGGGCAUUUCGAGGGAUCGAACAAUUUCCGCUGCCCCAUUCUGCGGUUUUGGGCCAAGAGAAGGAUGGCCAUGGGGGGCGGUGGCGACUUCGGCAAAGGCAAGGGCAAGAGCAAAGGCAAGGGCAAAGGAAAGGGCAAAGGCAAGGGGAAGCAGGAGGAGAAGCAAUGGGUGCCCAUGACCAAGCUGGGACGCCUGGUGAACGACGGGAAGAUUGGUAGCUUGGAGGAAGUCUACCUGCACUCUUUACCCAUCAAGGAGCCCGAGAUCAUCGACCAUUUCUACCCGCCAGGGUCCUUGAAGGAUGAGGUGUUAAAGAUCCACCCCGUGCAGAAGAUGACCUCGGCAGGUCAGACCAACCGCUUCGUUUGCUAUGUCUUGGUGGGCGACACCAACGGACACAUCGGUCUUGGCUCCAAGUGCGCCAAGGAGGUGGCCACGGCCAUCCGCGGCGGGAUCAUCGCUGCCAAGCUGAACCUCAUCCCGGUGAGGCGAGGCUUCUGGGGCAACCGAAUCGGCCUCCCACACACCGUGCCCAUGAAGGUCCAUGGCAAGUGCGGUUCGGUCCGCGCCCGCUUGAUCCCUGCCCCGCGCGGCUCGGGCAUCGUUGGCUCACCGGUCAUGAAGAAGAUGAUGGCAUUCGCGGGCAUCUCUGACUGCUUUACUUGCUCCUGUGGCCACACCAGGACCACGGCGAACUUCGCCAAGGCCACCUUCGAGGCUUUGAAGGCCACCUAUGGCUACCUGACACCUGACCUGUGGAAGCCCACGAACCAUACGAAGUCGCCCUUCCAGGAGUGGUCCGACUGGCUGAGCCAAUCCCAAAAGGCCGCGGCAUACUGAGUGCUGAAGUUCGUCGUCGCAAAAGUUGUUCGAAAAGGGCGCAGAGGUUCGCAGACAGAUUCCUCACCCCAUGGGAGUUUGGUUGUGAGCGGUUGAUUUUUCCGAAGCCCAGCACAACAGGGGUGACUGGGGUGGCAAGUUCCUACGAGCUGUCGAGCUGAUAUCCGUGGUCUCCUGGCUGGCUCAAGAGGUCUUUGAUGUUGUUCGCCGAUGGC